CUUCUACCUUCCGUCUCCUCUCUUAAACCUCAAAGGAAGGGUUUUUUGAGGAAAGCUUCUCGAGAAAAUGGCCAUUGGUCGUUUACUUUCACCCAAAUUAACUCCACAUUUGAACAACAGAGGUUUGAUACCUUUGACGAGAAGGUGGUUAUCUUCUUCUCUCGAGGAUGGUCGGAAAUAUGAUAGAUUGUCAGAUUCUAAAGCUUCCACGAACAAAGAUAUUGGCCAAACGGGAAUGCGUUGGUACUCUUUCGGAGGUUUACUGACUAAUCUUAAGCAAAAGAUUUUGGGAAACGUAAAUUCGAUGGACAAAACUUCAGGUGAAGACUCGCUAAAAUCAUCCGUGGUUUCCUCAUCUGAUGUGACUGCAACUAAAGUGGUCACCUUGCAGAACGUUGCAGAAAACAGAAACUGUAUCACUUCGAGUGUAAAAGAAGAAUCUUCAGUCUUUGAAGUGGGAUCUCAAGAUGCAUCUCAAAGUGUUGUUGCAGAAAACAGCACCUGUAUCGCUUCAAGAAUAAAUGAAGAUUCUUCAGUCUCUCAAAUGGGAUCUCAACAUGCAGCUCAAAGUGUUGCUGCAGAAAACAAAACCUGUAUCGCUUCAAGAAUAAAUGAAGAGUCUUCUUCGGUCUCUGAAGUGGGAUCUCGAGAUGUAUCUCAAAGUGUGGCAGUAAUGGAGACUUCUGGGAAGAGAGAAAGCUUAUCUGUAAAUAAAGAGAGUUUAGAUAGUAUUGAUAGAGUAGAUGGCUUGGAGUUUGCGCAGGAGAAGGUGUUGAGCGGAAUACAACCUGAAAGAGUGGAUCCUUCCGAGGAACUAAGUUCCAAAGAUGUCGCUUCAGGUUUCUUUUCUAAAGAAGUAUCAGAAAGUCUGACAUCAUCUGGGGAAAAUAUGGGGAACCUGCAGCCUGAGAAAGGGCAAUCCGAUCAAGCGAAACCACCUAGUGAUAGUCUCUCGAACUUGUUUGUAAACACGGAUCCAUAUAAAGAGGUGAAGCUUCCUCUGAGAUUUGAGGCUUUGAGUAACAGUAACUCCAGUCAGUCUACAAGAGAAUCCUGUAGUGAUGCAGGCGAUCAACACGGUCUAUUUGGUGAAAUGCUGUCUGAUCCGGUCCAGAAAAUUAAAAUUAUAUCCAAGGAAAAUGAUAAGGACAUAUUGUCGGAUGCUCCUCAAGCUCCAGGCUCUUUGGUAUCAAUUCUAUCAAGGGGUGGGAUUCAUGGUCAGAGUGGAGACCUGGCUGCUACUAGAGAAAGAAAAAGUAUAUUUUCGUUUGAAAGCCCUAGAAAAACCACUGCACCUCUGGCAGUGAGUAGCAUGGAUAAGUUGAUGGACUCUCUUAACCUUCCGGCUGACAAUGGCACGGGCGCAGAUACCAACUCGUUGCAUUCCAAUGGUAGAGAAGAAAUAAGCGUAUACAAAGGCAAUCCUGCAACGCAAAAUGGUUAUGCAGUAGAGGAAGAAGAAUCCAAAGGGGAAACUUUAGUAGUGGAAAACCAAUCAUUGUGCAGUCAGGCUACCUUGGCUGCUACCACCACGAAUCCGAAGGUAACAGAAAAGAGUUUGUUCGCAUUACCUGCUGGAAAACACUCUCCUAACAAAGUACUGCUAAGGUUUUUGAAAAAAUCAUGUAACAAGAACGACAUUGUUGAAGUGUUUUCUAAGUUUGGAGCCAUUUUGGAUGUACAAGAAAUUCCCUCUUUUGGAGGGUGCAUUUAUAAAGAUGCUCUCUUAACUUUUGAGACUAACUCUGCAGUCAAGGAGGCUCUCAAGAAAGGUAGUGUGGCGGUGAAAAGUAACAGUGCAGUUGUUGAGGCAACUUGUCAGGAAGACAUGGUAGAAACGAUAUGUAUUCCGGAUCUCAUUGGCGAUCCAGAUGUGCCUAUUGCAUUGGUGAAGGAACCAGCCCGAACAGUUAAGAUUCAUCCGCUGACGCAUGAUUUUAGUUCAAAUCAGAUCAAAGAAGCGCUAAGAUUCUGUAGGAGCAACAUAUCAAAGUUUAUCUUGGGUUCAUCGAGAACAGAUGCUUUCGUGGAGUUUGAGACGGAAGACGGCAAAGAGAGAGCACUUGCAGAGCAUUCAAUUAGCAUCUGCAACACACAAUUGUUUAUCUCUAGGAUUGAUAUACCGAGGACAACCGUGGCAAGGAUUUCAAACUUGUCGGAAUCAGCAGGGAGAAAUGUACGAGCAUUGUGUUCUCCUUAUGGACAGAUCAAACUGGUAUAUAUGAAAGGAUACGACAUUGCAGAUGUGCAUUUUGAUGUCUCUGAGUGGCCAAACAUGCUCACCAUUCUCAACAGCUUGAAUGGUACGGAGAUAGAUGGUAACAAGUUGGUGGUUCGAGCUGCAAAAACAGUAAUACCUCCUGAAAUUUUGAGAGUUUUGUGGAAAGAUCCUAAAGAAAAGAGAUUUGUGAAAAGUGUAAUUAGGAAUCUGGUGAGAGAGAUUGAGCAGCCUAUAGAUGCAACUAGUUGCCACACACUUACGGCAGAUUUACUACUACUAUAGCUUCAUGUAAUCUUAAGUAACUCUUCAAGAUUAGAGGCUAGAGAGCCUAGCUAGAGCCAUUAUUUUGGUAAAACGAAUUAAAGGAGGGAAUCAAAUAUGCCGAUCUCAAAUUCAAAAUUAGAUUGGUAUUUGAAAGUUUUUUUACGUAUUUGGUAUGCUCAA